ACCUCGGCGAAUCGCGAGCGUCCGCUGGCGGAAACGAGAGAAGGCGUCUGGACCCGAGUGGGUGCAGCACAAGUCACUAAUGUACCUCUGUUCUAGUUAAACCUGCACAGAAGCUGUUCAUUGAUUCGCUCUUAGCAGUUUUAUGUGCCAGAAAACGACAAGCUGAGAUGAAGACACUAGUUGUAGGAGUAGGCGGACAGCCAGCUUGGACCUCAGAUACCAUCUUGCAUGCUUUAUGUGUUUUACACCACAGGUGUUAUUAAGAAUAUAACACAAUUAACGGUGGGUUUUUUUCUAAUGACAUGUCACCUCUAUUAAGUCAAUUGGAGACUCUGAAAAUGCUUCUUGGAUGUUUAUUGUGUAAGUGGGAAAUCCAGGGAGACAAGAUAGCAGGUCACAGAAAGCCACCAGAAAAUGCAUUAGACUAAUAUUGUUAAAUCACAUGUUAAUCUUGGCCAGUAUUGUCCAGUGGGGGCAGCGGGGGACACCAUCAGAUCAGUACGGCAUGUGACAACCAUGUGGCAGCAAAGACUGAUCAGAGUUGGUUAUUCUUUAGAGGAAAAGCCACAAGGUAUCUGAGUCCUGAGCGUCAGCGAGAGAAAGAAGUGGCCCAUUAAUGUCACAUUAAGGGUUGGCUAUUGGCACACCCCGCAGACAGGUGUGUGGAAAAAUGAAAUCAGGAUGUCUGAUUGAGGGUCAUGUUGCGUUUUCAUUCAUUUUAGUGCAAAAGGGGACACACUGGCGCAAGGACACAUAAUAUAUAUGUUGUUAUGUGGACUGUACGUGGCUAUACUAUACGCUCUUGCUGCACCUAUAAACUGUGCAUGUUUAGAGGGUGUAAUAAAAGCAAUUUUUAAAAGAAGAUCACACAAAAAAGAACAUUUCUGAUAAAACUGUGAUAAGACAAUAUAGGCUGAUACAUCAGCCCGUCUGAUUUAUUAGUCAGGCUCGAGGACAGACACACCCUGGAGUCAACCUCUACAUUACUGCAGCAAUGUGAGAAGUUAAACCACCAGAGGUCAGCAAAAACAAGGUUUCCAGCUGCUGUCAAAUUGCUCUUUAAAGGGCUUUUCAGUUAGUCAACUAUUUUGAAGCAGGCCAGUAAGAGAAGAUGACCAAUGGAGGAAAAUCUACUCUGGCCAACAGUCUACACCAGCAGACACCCAACAGCUGCAUCAUUGCGCAGGAUUCAUAUUUUAAGGAUGACUCUGUGGUACCGGUGGACAGCCAUGGGUUUAAGCAGUAUGACAUGCUCGCUGCUCUCCACAUGGACGCGAUGAUGAGCGAGGUUGGCUCAUGGAGAAGAGAUCCCGAGUCGUUCCUGAGGCAACGGGGCCUGAACCCAGUGGAUUUGGAGGUGUUUGUGCUGAUAGUGGAAGGAUUCCUCAUUUUCAAUCACAGGUCUCUGAAUGAACUAUUUGACAAAAGAUACUUCAUGGAAAUACCUUAUGAUGUCUGCAAAAGGAGACGAAGCUCCAGGGUGUACACGCCUCCUGAUCCUCCUGGCUACUUUGAUGGACACGUGUGGCCAAUGUACCUAAAAAACCGCCAGGAGAUGGAGAGCACAGUGUCUGGAAUUGUAUUUCUGGAUGGACUGAAGCCAAAAGAAGAGCUCCUGGCUGCUGUGUGUAAAGACGUUUGUCGGGAAAUAGAAAGACUUGGGGAGAAAAACUGAAAUAGUUGAACUCUGAUUUGCCUUUUGAAGAUGGAGACUGCUGCUGCCGUGGAUGUCAGGAAAGUUCCUCUUUUGGGUUAAUGUGUGACUGAAAGGACCAAACCAAGUGUUUCUUUAGUAUUGUGUCAUUAUGCUAGUGUCUAUGUAAUAUCUACAAUAGUUAAUGUUUCUCAGAAGAGUUAAAAAAAAAAAAAAGUCUCACAAUCUCUCAAGACUGUUUCCUUUUUAUAAUGUAUGGGGGAUUUUGAUCCAAAAGUCUGACUCUUUUUCUAUCUUACUAUACAUAUACAUAUACAUAUAUACAUAUACUGUACAUAUAACCUUAACUUGUGAUGUAAUUCCAAAUAAUCAGAUAUAUAAAAUGUACAUAACUGCUAAAGACUUUCUCACUCAUAUUUGGAUAUAACAAGUAUUAAACAAUGAAAAUUGCCCACUGUGGUUUGGUGAGCAUAAUUUUUUUUAAGGUGUUAAAAUUUAAGGUAUCCCUGCACAAAACCGGAUCGUAGCAUUAGCUAAUAACGCAGUACCUGUUGAUGAUGUACUCUAGUGGUGCAUAUUCCUUAACACAUUCAUCAGAUUGCCAACCCCAACUGAUGCAACUAAUCUGUGACUUUUGUAAAUGAGGAAGUUGCCCACUUUGGCAGUUGGUAAGCCAGCCUCAGUGCAAAUGUUUGCAAUUAUUUUGUGUAUAAUACAAGGUUUUUACCACCAGUGACUUUAUGCACAUUGCUGCAUCUUCAAGAUCUUUUACUUAAGUAAUGGUCCCAAUGCCACAGUGUGUAGAAAUACUCUGUUACAAGUAACUGAAGUUUAAAAAUAAAUGCAGUAGAGUAUAAUAUUUCCCGCUGAAAUCUAAUGAAGUAGCAGUAUUAAAUAGCAUUAAAUGGAAAUACUCAAAUGAAGUACAAGAAGCUGAAAAUUGUACUUAGGUACAGCGCUUGAAUAAAUUUGCUUAGUAUUUUUCCUCCACUGCAAGUUAUUCCAUUAAUGGAUAUUGAUUUAACUGGAAAUAGAACCAGAGCACACAGCAGCAUUUUACUACCAAAUGUACUUGAAGCCACAACAUCAACCUGGAACAGACAGACUGCUGUCAAGACAUUUGACUCCUUCUGUUACCCAGUCUGUGUAGAACCUUUAUCUAUCACCGUAGCUGCAUCGG